AUAGAUACACUGGAGAUGUUAUAGAAUAUCAUUUUGCAAAUAUUCUUAAUGAAAAAAUACAACGUGCAUUAAUAGUUGCUGGAUUUGGUGAACCAAAACAAAAGAAUUUCCUUAUUGACGUUGGAAUUCAAUCUGUUGAAGAGCAAUCUGAUGAAAAUUCAGAUAUUACUCCAGUUGAGAUUGAAGCUCCAAAUGAGAUCAUUGAGAAAACGUUUAGAAAGAAAUACCUUCAUUUAAGUCUACAGGAAGCUAUUACAGCUGCUACUGAUGGAGCUUGGUAG